GUAUGUAAUACUUCUCGAACGGUUAUUUCAAUGGUAUUCCCCUUUAAUGAAUGUACGUUGAAGUGUGUUUCCGACAGAUAAAUAAAGUUAUCGAUGCAUUUUACAUUGACAUAUUUUUAAAUGCACACAGGUAAUCGUUGAUGUAUAACAGUAGAAUUUCUUAAAACCACUGUACUAUAUUUGGAAUUUAAUCAUGGAUAAGUGAAAACGUAGUUAUUUACUACACACGUAUAUAUAAUACAUACGUAAUGCACUUCAAGAAAGAAUACUGCAUCUAAGAUGAUUUACGCUACAUUGCUGCUUGUUUUAAUUGACUACGUGUUUUCGUCCUGUGUUUUGAUGGCAAAUAUAACAAAUAAUGCGUCUGAGAUUUUUAUAAGAGACAGAAUUGCUGAUUUUGAUUAUGCAAGAGUGGGAAAAUAUAAAAAGAUUUAUUGCUGUGCUCGAAACUAUGAUAGAAUAAUUUGGGAAUUCAAGAAAAAGGACGGAUUUAAGUGGCAACUAUUCCCUUGGUUUCAUGUCAACAAUAUGUGGGACAAUCAACCUUCACUUCAAGAUAAAAACCAGACCCUUCAGAUAAUAGAUAUUGGUUGGAAUAACGAAGGGAUUUACAAGUGUACAGCACUCUCCAGUGAUAAUAAUGUUAUUGCAAAUCACAGUACCAAAAUAGAAGUAUACUCUUGUGUAGACAGAGUCAAACCAGAAGCUUAUGGGCCGAAGACACAGUAUGGACGUGUCGGCGAAACAGUUACUUUUACUUGCACUGGUGAUUUUGGAUGCACUCCAGAUGCUGCUAAAGAUGUAUCAUGGUAUGAUGAAGAAUGGGACGCUUUGGAUGACGACACAUUAUUUCCAAGAUAUAAUGUAACAAAGGUAGACAGGUCAAAACACACCAUUGAAGAAUCCGUUUUUCAAAUAACAACUAUUGAACAGAAAGAUUUUGAAAAGAAUUUUACCUGUUAUGUAACGUCGGCUUAUCCUCAGGGGGAUAAAAUAUUUAUUGUCCAACUCAAAGAAGCAAGGGUGGAAAUAACGAAGAUGACUUGGAUAACAGCGGAGGAAGUAAAGGGAAUAGUUGCACCGUGUGUUGUAAUAUUGACACUGGUAUUUGUUUUCACUACGGUGUUUUACUUCAGAAUAAAGCUGUUUAUCCUUUCACGGAUACCUUACUGGCAUUUAAUGGACCAAGGUACGAAAAGUUACCAUGCAUUUAUCCUUCAUGAAGACGAGGAUAUAGAACUUGCGGAAGGAAUUCAACAAAAAUUACAAUCAGACGGUUAUAAUGUUAAAAUAUCUGGCAGCAUUAAAGGUGGAACUGUUAUAUGGCAGAAAGUACAAGAAUUUGCACAAGACAGUAAGAGUUUGAUAAUUAUUUAUCCUUCGGAAUAUUCAAUAGUUAAUUCGAAUAACACUUUUGAAAGUUUGGUGGCAAGUAGACAGUACUUCAUUCCAAAUCUUGUUACAGUUGUAAAAAAAACUUCGAGAAAAGGAGACCCAGUUGAAUUCAUAGAAACUGACAGAACAUUUGUAAGAAUCAAAUACCCACCCGAUCACAAUUGUAGUACAUACCGGCAGGAAAAUUUCUUCUGUAAACUUAAACUUCGGAUGCCAAGGCAGACCGAGAAUAAUGUUUGGUGUUGUUCAACUAAAAAGGGACAAACACAUCAAGGGGCUGAAGAUACAGAACCACUGAACAAACUUAUAGUAUGUAACACUCAACAGGAUGAAGUAUUGGCUGAUCGUAUGAACCAACCUGUAUAGUUUUUAAGGAAAUUGAUUUGCAAAAACCCUAAAUAACAAUCCUCAAAUAUAAAUCUUCUACGAGAAUUGUUUUUAUAUAUAUAAAUGGUGUUUUCGUGGUUUUUCUAAGAUAUAACUCCGUUUGCAUGGACAAAAUCUCAAAAAAAUGCAUGUUCAUCAUGUUCACGUGUACAUUCAUGUGUAGUUCACCUCAACAAUGUUAAGGAUACUAUCGAAGUAACAAUGCCUUCACGUCAACAUGUUCGUGGUCAUCCAAUCAUCUGACAUUUAUAAACAUACCGCCAUUUGAAUAGGCUUACAGUUAUAUUUUGGAAAAACUGUCUAUGUGCCAUGAGAUGGAGGUCACAUGACCCGUAUUUCAUUUUCAGUGACUGUGAAACUGAAAGAAUACUUGUUUUCAGAUUUUGUUCAUAUUUCAUAAUAAACAAAAAUUUGAAAAG